AUGGCCCAGCUCGCGCUCGCGUGCAAGGCGACGUCGCGCGCGUGCGCCAAGGCGGGCAUCGCGAACCUCUUCGGCAUGGCCGGCGACCAGAACUCGAGCGGCGACGACCAGAAGAAGCUGGACGUGCUGAGCAACGACAUCUUCGUGACGGCGCUGCUCAAAUCCGGCAGCUGCUGCGUGCUCGUGUCCGAGGAGGACGAGGACCCGAUCAUCGUGCCCGAGGCGCAGGCGGGCCGGUUCUGCGUCGCGUUCGACCCCCUCGACGGGUCGUCGAACAUCGACUGCAACGUGUCCACGGGCACGAUCUUCGCCGUCUACGAGAAGAAGACGCCGGGCAAGGUGGGCUCCGUCGAGGACGUGCUCCGCGUCGGCUCGGACAUCGUCGCCGCGGGCUACUGCAUGUACGGCGCCGCGACGGAGCUCGUGCUCUGCUUCAAGGGCGGCACGGUGGAGCGCUUCGCCCUCGACCCGAGCCUCGGCGAGUUCGUCCACACGCACUCCAACGUCAAGUUCCCCGCGGGCGGCGGCAAGAAGAUCUACUCGUGCAACGAGGCCAACUCCAUCUACUGGGACAAGCCCAUCAAGGAGGCCUGCGACGACUUCAAGAAGAGCGGCUACUCCCAGCGCUACGUCGGCUCCAUGGUCUCCGACGUCCACCGCACGAUCCUCUACGGCGGCAUCUUCCUCUACCCGGCGGACGUCAAGUCGAAGAAGGGCAAGCUCCGCGUCCUCUACGAGGGCUUCCCCAUGGCGCUCCUCGUCGAGCGCGCCGGCGGCGUCGCGUCCACGGGCAUGUUCAACGGCUCCGUCCAGCGCAUGCUCGACCUCGUCCCCACGUCCAUCCACGAGCGCUGCCCGGUGAUCCUCGGCGCGCCGCGCGACGUCGACCUCGUCCUCAACCGGUACAAGUAG